AUGAAUACUCCGGUGACGCUACUUGGAGGACGACGACCACGAGUUGACUCCGAUCAUCACUUCUCUGGGGGAGAGACCAACCGGGUCGGGCCUGGGAAGAGGAAGAAAAGACAAGCCCUCGCGAUUUCCCAUAGCCACGAAUCCCCUCAACCCAAGCGAGCACGGCGCUCCCAACUGGUGCUGUGGCGGUUUUAUCUACCGUCGCCGGAGGAGGCAACCAAGGAAUCACAAGACGAUCUAAGUAUUUCGAAACACCUCACAGAGCAAAAAGAACCUACAAGGAGUCAGGCAAUAAGAUUGGAAGCCCAUAGCUGCGAGCUCUGA